AUGAGCAUGUUGCAUGCCAAGUGCUGUGAGACAUUGCGGGACGCCUACGAAAGUCCGAGCUUAGGGGACUGGUACCCUUACACGACUGUGAGGAAAAAGCAGAGCCUCUUUCUCUACUCUUAGAAGGACUUUCUAUUGCAUGCUCUCAAUGUACUACAUAGUUAUAGUUUCUGAUUAUAAUAGACAGAGUUUCUGUUGAUUCAAAAUGAAGACGAAGAAGAUCAAUCCUAAUCCCAUUUUACGCGGCACACCGAGCCAUUCUUUCUUUCUUCAGGUGGCUCGAGGACGUAGCAGUAGAUUUUUUUAAUAAGCAGCCAAUAGGACAAGAGCUGAUUGCUGCGGGUACUAGUAUUGAGCCGCUAAGAGAUCGUUCGGCACAAGUGUACACGUGGAUUCUGAUGCUCCUCUCCGGACGGUUUUUCAUUAUGAUUUCAACAUUCCAAUCCAGUAGGCAAAGGCGGCAUAGUAGUGAUUAGUAUUAAAGACUUGUAAAGACUUAUUUAUAUUCUAAAGACUGAGCAGGACUCGUUGUCUCUGAGACGUGCUGAUCAUGAUUAUGCCAGAUGCUAUUGAAGGACCUUUGCCUCAAGAAAUUGUAGUUUUUGAGGUGGUUAGUUUGCCUCUUUUUAAGGUGAGCCUCCUCUCCUGUUCUUUCUCAUGUUCUUCUAAUGCCCAGUGUCACUUCGUGCCGCCACCGCUGUUGAAUAUGCUUUUCACGAACCUGAAUGCUGGCAUGAUGCGGUUUCAUUCUGCUCUGACGGUGAAAAACACGGAGUUUCCUUCCCCUUUCACGGAAAUCGUGACGAAUCUGAGUACUUUGAUGGGAUUUCUCUUAAGGCUUCCCGUAGUUCAUCUUGAGAAGCAUCUUUCUUGGCAGGUUCAAUAGCGAAAGAUGCCCUUCAAGGUCGUAGGUGAAUAUUUUGAAAAAGGUCUAAUCCGCAUCCCGAUUGUGAUCCACCCGCUGCUCGACUUCAUGGUGUGGAAAUUCCUCCUCUGCAUGGUGGGGAUGUACGGCUACAUGGUUACAGCAGCAGUAGCUAAGAUGUUGCAGGACCCUUUUGGGGAGGACGAGUUCGAUCACAGUGUGGACCAGUACCAAAUCGAUUUCGACCUUUGCAUGAUGGACGUCUGCGACAAAAUGUCCUAUCAUUAUGCCAUGCGGCUCACUUGUUCUCGUUUUUUAGUGCAGGAGUCCUGUAAACAGGGUAAAUGCAAUAUCCACAGAUAUCUGUACAUCCCUUCGACUUAGAAACCCUGUCUAUACUGAGCCUGUCUAUACUCAGCCUGUCUAUACUCAGCCUGUCUUUCCUGACACCAUCAUUCGGUAGAUCCCGUCUUAUAUUUCUCACACGUCUACCUUACAGGACAGACCUCAUGAAAUUUUAAUUUUUCUUAGACUCUGACUCUUCUUCUAAUGCGAUACACCUUUCCCGAGUGUGAGACGGAUGGGUCACAAGGUCCCGAGGUACAACAAGCCGGACGGAGAGCCCAUCGACAUAUUCUUGCGUGAACAGGCUGACGUUAUAAGAUGGAAUACGGCAGCACCUAAGGCUCCAGAACUACGGGUCGGAGUCACACGGGGAGCCUUGCGAGCGAUCCAGAGGAAGAGACAGGAAAAAGAUUGUACUACCCUACUUUUGGUGUAUCUACGUAUUGCGAUAUCAUGUGAUGCUCGAUGUGCAGGAUUCAUAACCUAACCUAAGUAUCCCUGAAAUUGAUCUGUCACCUAGCAAUGAGUAGUUGUGCUCAGGGCAAAAACAACAGAGAACCUAAAUUUUUGUGCUUUUUAUCCUGUGGCCGCAAAAAACCCGUUUUUGCCAUGGGUAUUUUUAGAUUUUUCCGGCCAUCAUCUUUAUUUGGCCCUUGGACCUAUUAAAGGUCGCUUCUAUUGGGUACCACUAGUGAGUUUAAUGUUAUAUUUACUUUUUUUCAGCGUUUUCUUCGGACGAUAGUUGUAUUCCGUUUGAGAAUGAGCUGAAGCCUAGGAGGCGCGCUCAGUUGCUAGAGGAGCAGGAGAAGCGACUAGCCGAACGUAAGAAACGAAAAGACGACCUAGAAAAACUCGCUAUGCAGAGGCGUAUGGUGCGAGCAGUGAUGAAGAUUGAAGCUCUUGCGAUCCUCCACUUCCAUUUCAAAUACGGAAGGGACGACUUCGGUAUUUUUUUAGUGGUUACUUUCUUCAUGGCUGAUAUAAAUACAUUGUUCAAAUUUGGAAGGGACGAUUUCGGUAUUUUUUUUAGUGGUUACUCCUUACUUUCAUGACUGAUAAAGACAUUUAUAUUUAGGUAAAUGGCAUUUACUUAGAAGACCUUUUUUUCUACAUCACCAUUUUUUUCUCUAGUACCUACAUCGAUCACUAAUUUUAUUUCUUCCAAAUCAAUAACAGGAACUGAAGGCCGCGUUGCGAGUUUGGAGAGGAAACGGCUUGCAGCAUUGGCCAAUCAGGUAGAGGAGUCGGAGGAGAGUGCUCCAGGAACCUACCGACGGUUCGGCGCAAAGAAAGGCGAGCUCGACCAUAUCCCCGGACGUAGCCGCACAUCGGUUGCAAGACAUCGUGCUGAUCGGGAGAAAUGAUUCACAACAACUGCUUACUAAUCUGCACACCAGCACUUGAUGCAGUUGCUGGGAGUAAGUAGAAAUCCUGAUUGUUUUCAUAGAUCUAAAGAUUCUCUUUCGCGAACAAAGCUUCUUAGUUCCCUGCAAGUGGUAGUCGUUUGAAAAAGAGGGAAGACCAUUGCUCUCCAAGCUACAGAUUCGUCCAUAACUACUCAAAUGUACUAUAUUGUAGGCCCUGCUUACUUAUGAUACUACUUGGAUUCCGAGAAGCUGUUCGAAUAUUGCUGGUACUUACUCCUUGCAUAGACAUCAGAAAUUUGAAUUUACAUUGCGCAUUGUUACAACUUGUUUAUACUAACACUACCAAAGUACCUAAACGUAUUAGCCUAGAAAUGUACUAGAAAUUGUUGAGGGCAGCCCUUCUCCAAACGGAGGGCUAAGCGAGUUACGGAAAUCCUUCUACAUUUGAAUAACCACAUACAUCAGUGCUGCGCACCUUUUGAUACAACAAGUACUUCUGCAGUUGUACGUAGUUCAAGACAUCGCAUAGAAGUUAGAACAGAUACAUUGCAUAGAUCAAGACAUCGAAUUAUACCCAUUCACACGAAGAGAACACGAUUGAUGAAUGUCGAUCAGGACACAUACCUAUUUUUGACAAGAAAUUAAAAUUGUGAUGCUCUUGCUCCCAUUGCGAGUAUACGGCAAACAAAUGUACGAUUCAUUUGCCACAAGGCAUUAAUGUCUACUAAUGAACAAGAUGAAUGGGUGGUCAGCACAUCGGAGACACUUGACUUUGAGGGGAGUUGAGAGGGGAUUUGAUAG